GGGCGGGGGCACCGGGCGGUCGCGGUGCAGCGGGACCAUGGAGCUCGCAGCGCAGCCCUGGUACCGGCAGCGAGACCGCGGACCGUUUUAAUUUUGAUUGCUGUUACUACUGAUACCUGAGCCAAGGUGGUGAUGCUACCUGAGGGAAAUCUCUGCAACCCCUGAGUCAACAAUUACAUGAUUGUCAGCCAUGCCGUUAGUGAAGAGGAACAUUGAACCCCGGCACUUGUGCCGGGGAGCUCUGCCAGAAGGGAUUACCAGUGAACUUGAGUGUGUAACCAAUAGUACUCUUGCUGCAAUCAUACGCCAACUAAGCAGUCUGAGCAAACAUGCUGAGGACAUAUUUGGUGAGUUGUUUAAUGAGGCUAACAACUUCUACAUCAGAGCAAAUUCUCUUCAAGACAGAAUUGAUCGCCUUGCUGUCAAAGUCACUCAGCUGGACUCCACAGUGGAAGAGGUGUCACUACAGGAUAUCAACAUGAAAAAAGCUUUCAAAAGUUCCACCAUCCAAGACCAGCAGGUGGUUUCAAAGAACAGCAUUCCCAAUCCUGUUGCUGACAUUUACAACCAGAGUGAUAAACCACCACCUCUGGACAUCCUAACACCUUACAGAGAUGAUAAGAAGGAUGGGCUGAAGUUCUAUACUGAUCCUUCCUAUUUCUUUGACCUCUGGAAAGAAAAAAUGCUACAGGACACAGAAGAUAAAAGGAAAGAGAAGCGGCGUCAAAAGGAGCAAAAGCGUAUAGAUGGCACCACCCGUGAGGUGAAAAAGGUUAGAAAAGCCAGAAACAGGCGCCAGGAGUGGAAUAUGAUGGCAUAUGACAAAGAGCUUAGACCCGACAACAGGUUGUCUCAGAGUGUGCACCACGGAGCGUCUUCCGAGGGAUCCCUGUCCCCAGACACUAGGUCCCAUGCAUCAGAUGUUACGGAUUACUCUUAUCCAGCUACUCCCAAUCACUCUCUGCACCCGCAGCCAGUGACCCCUUCCUAUGCAGCUGGCGACGUACCACCACAUGGGACCCCAAACCAGGCCUCUGAGCAUGAGUACCGGCCCCCAUCUGCCUCAGCAAGGCACAUGGCCCUAAACAGACCUCAGCAGCCGCCACCCCCACCUCCCCCCCAGGCCCCAGAAGGGUCCCAGGCCUCUGCACCAAUGGCUCCAGUAGACUAUGGGAUGCUCCCGACACAGAUAAUCGAGUAUUACACCCCUUCAGGACCUCCUCCCCCCCCUCCACCUAUGAUUCCCUCGGCGCAAACUGCCUUCGUCAGCCCUCUCCAAAUCCCCACACAGCCUCCCUUCCCAACGUCAGCUGGCUCCACAUACCCAGUGCCCCCUCACCCACCUUCCACUGGGCUCCUGGCUACAGCACCACCACCUCCAGGCCCACCGCCUCCACCACCAGGUCCUCCUGGCCCCGGCUCUUCUCUUUCAUCCUCCCCAAUGCAUGGCCCCCCUGGGGCUGAGGCAAAGCGUCCAGAGCCUUCACAGCCACCCAUAAGUGACGCUCGAAGUGACCUCCUUGCUGCUAUCCGGAUGGGAAUUCAGCUGAAGAAGGUGCAGGAGCAGCGUGAACAGGAGGCCAAGCGUGAGCCUGUCGGGAAUGAUGUGGCCACAAUCCUGUCCCGACGCAUCGCUGUGGAGUACAGUGACUCCGAUGACGACUCUGAGUUUGAUGAGAACGACUGGUCCGACUGAGCCACAUGGGGCAAGUGGCAGGUGGACAGCCAGGACACUGUGUGGAAGUGUGCUGGGGAUUCACGUGGUCUCUGCACCCAAAUAGUGAUAUUAUAAUCCGUAGCUUAGCACCUUUUGUAUUAACAGUGUGAUAUGCUUCUGCACAUCCAAAACUUCUGGGUUGUUUCAGUAUUUACUGUGUAAUACGUAAGUGCCACUAACCAUAGCACAUUGUGCUGCACACAAGGAGAUAUGCUCUAACUAUCACAUUGCCCUGAACACAGCGUUCUGCUUCCCUCUUGGCCAUGAUAGUACUUACUGUACUCUUACUGAUCAUUGACUCUG